CCCCCCUCCUUCGCCUCUCCUCUCUAUUGACUGGCUCGCCUGCAUCAUGCUGGAGACCCCGUUGAGAGGAUCUUUUCUCUCUAUAAAGAGAAGAUGCAGCUCAGGCGCCUUUGAGAUGAUCGCGAGGAUUUACUGCGCGCCUCUCAGCCACCAACUUCAGACGGCUGCCUGCGGCUGCUUCAGCGCCAAAUCUUCUGGACUGGCGAGCGCAUUGAAAAACAUUUUACCAAGCGAACUGAGGGACAUUUGAAUGACGCGGGAUUUCCCAGGCUACACUGCCGAGGUGUCGGAGUCUCCAAGAGCCGAAUGUGAGCAUAUUUCCCCCCCCUCCUGCGCCUCCAGCUGUAGUUGAGACUUUGUGCGUCGUCGCCUCUUGGCGCAGUUUGCCUUGCAGGUGCGUGGAGAAGGAGCGGAGGACAGAUGGCUGCGCUGACGAUACAAAGGACUGACAACUUUUUGCACACCUUUUUACAGGACCGGACGCCCAGCUCCUCUCCAGAAGGAGCCCCAAACGCCCUGUCCUUCCUGGCCACCACCUGUAGCCAGGCCUGGCAGGUGGGAGGCGCUAUGGGUUCAGAAGGUUCCCAGUUCCCCUACGAGGGCACCGUCAGCUCCACAUCUGGAAUGUUUCAGCUCUGGAGCAACGAUAUGACGCCCAGCACGGCCCUUAGCACCCACCAGAUGACCUUCACGGUGCCCAAGGUGCAGUUCCCUGGACACAUGCAGUCUGGCCUGGGCCAUCACCAUCAUCACCCUCAUCACCACCACCAUGAGCUGCCUCUCACCCCUCCAGCCGAACCGCCGUCAUCGUACUCGUUUGAACUCUCCCCUGUUAAAGUGCUGUCCUCACAGCCACAGGCCAGCGGCCCGUACUAUCCGCAGCACAACAGCGUGGGGCAAAACUUCCCCACCUUUCUCCAGAAUUCCUCAGCCAGGCAUCACCUAUCUGGAGGCCAUGUGGAGGAAGGGCAGCAGUGGUGGAGCCUACCCCAAACCAACGCCGCCCCUUCCAACCAUCCCUUCUCCCUGGGCAGACAGCUGGUCUUGGGUCACCAGCCGCAGAUAGCUGCCCUUCUCCAAGGAACCUCCAAGGGUCUGCUGAGCUCCACGCGCCGCUGCCGACGCUGCAAAUGCCCCAACUGCCAGGCCAACGGCGGUGGGUUGGAGUUCGGGAAGAAGAGACUGCACAUCUGCCACAUCCCCGAGUGUGGCAAAGUGUACAAGAAGACCUCUCACCUGAAGGCACAUCUACGCUGGCACGCCGGGGAGAGGCCCUUCAUCUGUAACUGGCUCUUCUGUGGCAAAAGCUUCACCCGUUCAGACGAGCUACAGCGGCACCUCCGCACGCACACUGGGGAGAAGCGGUUUGGGUGCCAGCAGUGUGGCAAGAGGUUCAUGAGGAGUGACCACCUCUCCAAACACGUCAAGACCCACCAGACCAGGAAGAGCCGGUCAGGGCAGCCUUCACAGAGCACGGACCCUCUGCUCACCAACAUCAAGAGAGAGUAAUCUCUGUGGUCCCUUCAUUCAGAGAUGAUAAUCAGCAGUGAACAGACUGUGUGACUCAUUUUACUGCCAUAGGUUUGCACUAGAGGGUAAGCAUCAAGCUCCCCGAGUAUUUUCUCUCGUCAAAGCUCUACUUUUGACUUCAAGUAGUCCCAUCAAAGUAUAUUUACUGACCAUUUUGAGUAAAAUAAAUGUGUGCUGUUUGAGGCAAAGCACCUUUAAAGAAAACUUGAAGCCUUUUUCAGUGAUAUUGUGAGAGUUCUGCUGUGUUCACUGCACCUUUCAAUACACAACACGGACAAAUUUCGCCUGGAACAAAACCGAUUUUACACCUACUACAAUUUAAGAUUUAUUUAAAUUUCAACUGAUGUGAAAGUCUAAUUUUUUUAAGCUCACAAUGUAAAUAUUUUAUUCAUGCGAAGGAUGUGCCAGACACGAGAAAAAUCCCAAAAAGUUUACCCUAAUAUGUUGUUCAUAUCAUCCUGUUCAGAAUAAAUGUAUGCCUUAGUACAGCUUAAGGUUGCUGUAGAGAGACGCUCAUUUCUGCUCUCUUCAACGAUAUUUUCAGAGUGGAUAAAUGCCUGUGUUGCUGUUGAUGAAUAGAUUUUGAUUUCAGGACAUGUCCUAAUUUGCUUCAAGGUAGGAAUCUUUUUUUUUUAAUGUAUACAUGAGAGUCUUUGAUCUACAGAUUUAUCCACUCUUAAGCAGCAAUGUGACGCACCGCUGCUUCAGAUUAGCAAACAUUUUAAAUUUGUAACUUCUGUGUAAAUUAAUUAUAAAUAUCUUGAACAAUUUUAUUGGGGUUAUGGCAGCAUGUAAAUUUGAAUAAACAUUGUCCUUGAAACUA